UAUAGGCGCGCGCACCGGGGUUACUGUUUGCGAGCUGUAUAUUAUAUCGCGCGAUGUACGGGAAAAGAAACGAGGAUGUACGUGCGGCCGUGAAGCUACAAUUGCUGCGACUGCGACCGAGUUUCUUUCGCGCAGAGCGGUCUGGUGAUAACGGAAGUGUGCGUGCCUCUCUGAUGUGAUGUGUACGUGGGUGCACGCGCGACCCGCACUUUGUCAUCCCGUGUGUGUGUGUGUGUGUGUGUGUGUCGUGCCACUAUGGUUAUUGGCCCGGAGAGCUGCCGAGUGGUGGAGGGGCCGAGGCGUGGCCUCUUCGCGGCGUUUCGGAGCUGCGCUCUUUCUCUCUCUCUGCUGCAGCUUGCAACGCGCCGAUUGCUGUUGUUAUCCCGGCAAGCUCUGCUUUUUGUAUAAUAUGUUGCCGAGAGUAGGGCGAAGUUUUUUUUUUGGAGAGGGGGGGGGGGUAAUAAAUUUAAUAUGAGAACCUAUAGAAAUUUCAGUUUGUUCGAUUUGAAAUUUUAAAACUUGGAGAAACAUUGUGAAUUGGUACGGGCUAGUUUUUUUUAUCCUACAAGGGAAUAAUUAUGUAAAUUAUUCAUCAAUGUGAACUUCAUUGUUUUUUGCUUGUAAUUUUCUCUAAAUAUAAUAUGGGGUAAUAUAGUAAAGUUACACAACAAAGGUUCUAUAAAAAAUUUUAUGCGAUUCGCGCCAUGAAUUGAAAUAUUUCGAUUAUUCGAUAUAUUGAAAUCAAAAAUUAAAAAACGGCAACAAUGGCAACGUUGUGAAGGAUUUGAACGGAAGGUCUCUUCCUCAUCGCACGCCACGCCAACGGGUCUCACCUCUCACCUCACUUCCUUUUCGGACGCCACCAAGAAACAUGUGAAGAUAUCUAUUUGUACGAUUCUUGCGAAAAAUAAAACAUCAACAAAAAUGGGUAAUAUAAAUGAUGAUAACGAUAAAAUUUACGUCGGUCACGUGGCGAAGCAGCAGCUAACGGCCGAAGAAAUAGAGAAAAUGGAAGCGCAAAACUCUAGAUUAGUCUCAGAUUUUCAAGCUAUGCAGCUUGAAAAGAAUGCAAAGAAGCAUUGGGAUUUAUUCUAUAAAAGAAACGAAGUCAGAUUUUUCAAAGAUCGACAUUGGACAACACGUGAGUUUGAGGAACUUUUGGGGUUAGGAGGCGUGGAAACACCUCAAUGCCUAUUCGAAGUCGGCUGCGGCGUGGGAAACUUAAUUUACCCUCUGCUCGAGGACAACAUCAAUUUUCAGAAGAUUUUCGCUUGCGAUCUGUCUCCUAGAGCCAUCGAAUUUGUCAAAAGCCACAAACUAUACGAUCCAGAUAAAGUGAAAGCAUUUCAAACUGAUAUAACAAUGGAAAAUUGCUUUGAUGAAAUUGAUUGCCCAAUUGAUAUUGCAACACUGGUUUUUGUAUUAUCUGCUAUACAUCCAGAUAAAUUCAAAAGUGUAACAAACAACUUAUAUAAAAUUAUGAACAAAAAUGGAGUAGUUCUCUUUAGAGAUUAUGGAAGAUAUGAUAUGGCACAACUAAGGUUCAAGGCAGGCCAUAAAAUAUCUGAAAACCUUUAUAUGCGUCAAGAUGGCACAAGGAGUUACUAUUUUACAACUGAAGAAGUACAAAAUUUUUUUGAGUCAGCUGGAUUUAAAACUAUUAAUUGUACAUAUAUUCAGCGACGUACCGUUAAUUUAAAAGAGAAAAUUGAUGUACCCAGAAUUUUUGUUCAAGCUAAAUUUACUAAGACUUGAAGAUAAAAAGGUUUUCAAACUACUGAAUGCAUUAAAUCAAUAGGAUUUAUCUCCUUAAGAAUAAAGAUUUCUUGGAAUGUUUACAAAUUGAUAUCAGCUAGUUUAUUGGAUAUUCAAGUUUCUGAUGAUGUGGGAGCCCCUGUCAUCAGCCAUCAAACAAUCCUUUAUAUGGCACUUAAGGCAUUCGAUCUGAUGUCGAUAGAAACAUGGAAAGAGAAAGGCAAAAGGACUGAUGCAUUUUCUUGAAGACGUAAAAUAUGGAUUUUACAAGCGAAGGUUGAUUAAAAUAAGAGCUUGGUAUCUUUAACUCUACUGCAACAUCAAUUACUCUCGAUCCUGUCAGCUUGAUUCAUUGUAAAAAUAAAUGACUCAGGUGUUCACGCAUCCAGGUACUAACCAUUGAUCGCCUUUACGCAACUUUUAAUUGUAUAGUGAUAUACUGGCAUUUUCACCUGAAUUAAAACUGUAUACAAUAAAAGUACGAAAAUUAAAUGAAUACUUUUCUUACUGAAA